GCGGAGUUUAAACGGUUUCUUACGGAGGAAUUAGGGAUAUAAUGGAAAUAUAGGUAGAGAUCCUUACAAUCAUGGGAACGGAGACUUUUCAGUUAACUCCAUUUUUAAUAGCACUUUUCCUAAUUAACUGCCACGCGGUAUUGUUCGAUGAAGUGCCUAAGAUCCUGGUGCAUGAUGGCCAUCUAAUUUUGCAAUCGGCUUCAGACAAAAAUAUUACAAUCCACCUAAAAGGAGAUUCAUGGUUGAAUGUAAAUGACAUCGACGUUCUUAAAGUGUUAAAUAGAUUUGGUGCAAGUGCCAAGCACGCAAGACCCUCCUCGGGGAUUAUAUCAGGACCAGAAGUGAGUUAUGAAGUUCAGCUUUAUACAUUGCGAUCUGCAUUGUUUGGAGAGAAAGGAUUAGAGGAAAGAGUUAUUCAGUUGGAAAACGCAACACGAGUUGGUCGCAUUAAUUUUCGUUUUCGGAACCUUCAACAACGUUUACGGAGACUGGAAAAUAAAAUUGAGACACUUCUGGCUAAGGCCUCUGAGGACAACUGUCGUAGUAAUCCUUGUCAAAAUGGAGGAACAUGUAUUGAUCUCUAUGACACAUUCACGUGCAAAUGCCCCUCCAAUUGGGAAGGAACGACAUGUGGUACAGAUGUCAACGAGUGCGCAGAAUUUUCCGGGACCCCUCAAGGUUGUCAAAAUGGAGCAGACUGUAUAAAUACUCCUGGAAGUUUCAGCUGUUCAUGCAAACCCGGCUGGGUGGGCGUUCACUGCACGCAGCGAUAUUCCGAUUGUUCAAGGUCAUCUGCAGUGGAAUUAUGUGACCAUGGCACUUGCGUCAAUAGCUUAGCUCCGCCUGGGUACACAUGCAUAUGUCAGCAAGGAUGGAAGACAAAUGGAUUGACACCUGCCUGCAGCGUUGAUAUAAAUGAAUGUGAAGAAGCGAAGCCGCCUUGUGUUUCACAAUGCAUCAAUUUACCAGGAUCCUUCAUAUGCGGACCUUGUCCGGCAGGAUUUACUGGAAAUGGUUUCGCUUGUUUUGAUAUAAAUGAGUGUGAGACAAACAAUGGCGGAUGCAGUAUCAGUCCUAGAGUUGCAUGCAUUAAUAGCUACGGCUCUUUUCACUGCGGGGAUUGUCCUGUUGGAUGGACUGGAGAUGGAAAACAGUGUACAAGAACCGAAACUGGAUCCUGUUCCAGAAACAUUUGUCAUCCUGUUGCUACUUGCAGAGAAAUUUCGAAUCUCGUCGUCUGCAGCUGCCCAUCUGGAAUGGCAGGUGAUGGAAUUGGCCCUAACGGUUGUACUCCUGACCCUUGCGCUAAUCGUUGUAAGAAUGGCGGAACUUGUAUUGUAAAUGGUACAUCGUACAUUUGCAAAUGCCCGGAAGGUCUUUUACCUCCGAACUGUGAACCAAAUAUCAACCCAUGCCGAGCCAACCCCUGCCAGAACGGCGGUACAUGUGUUGUUCAGGGCCGACGAUACCGUUGCCUUUGCCCUCCCCGCUACCGCGGUCGAAUAUGCCAGCUGGUGCAAACUCGUUGCGGGGGAGUUUUGAAUUCUCCUUCAGGAGUUUUAAAGUAUCCACUAACCGCCACAUAUGACCCCAACGUUCGAUGCGCUUGGCUUAUUAGAACCAAUAUUACGAAAGUUUUGGAAGUGACAUUCAAUAAAUUUGAGCUGGAGAGUUCCGUUGGUUGCUUCUUUGAUUGGCUUCAAAUCCAUGAUGGUGGAACAUCGGCAGCACAACUAAUAGGACGUUUCUGUGGAUCGGAACUCCCAAAAGGAGGAAAAAUAAUUUCCACACACAACUUGCUAUACUUUUGGUUUAGGUCCGAUAAUUCAACAGCUCAUAAUGGUUUUGAGUUGACCUGGAAAACAAUUGAUCCGGUGUGCGGAGGAACACUCGAGAUUAAUACAUAUGGAACGGUAGCGUCGCCGGGAUCACCAGGAAAUUACUCUCCAAAUCGAGAUUGCGAAUGGCACUUGAUAGCACCUCUUGGAAAAAGAAUCCAGCUUACAUUCUUCCUUAUGGCACUGGAGGCUCAUGAAGAUUGCGGAUAUGACUACUUGGCGAUAUACGAUGGGUCAUCUCGAGAAAGUAGUUUACUUCAAAAAUACUGCAAUACAUCUCACCCUGCGCCAAUCGUUUCGUCGUCGCAUGAAGUUACCCUUUACUUCCACUCGGACAGUGAUAACACGGAUGCUGGAUUCCAGAUUCACUAUGCAGUUAUAGGCGGAACUCCCGGGUGUGGCGGAAUUUUUACGUCAAGCAAGGCCAUAUUAAAAUCGCCUCUCGACGGCGGAAAAUAUCCUCCAAAUUUGAAUUGUGACUACCUGAUCAAACUGCCAUUGGAUAAUAGAAUAAAGCUACACUUUACAAAAUUUGCGCUGGAGUACUCGGACACCUGCGUUUAUGACUAUGUUGAGAUUUACGAAGGCGAAACUGAUCAAGAUCCAAAAGUCGGUCGUUACUGUGGCACCACAAUACCGCCGGACUAUAUGUCUGAGUCAAAUGCUGUUCUGGUGAAAUUCAUCACAGACUUCGACGAUGCGUUGGAGGGUUUCCAAAUUGAGUAUGAUACUGUUUGCGGCGGUAACUUCAAGGAACCGGAGGGAGUUAUUACAUCACCUAUGUAUCCAAACGAAUAUGCCCACGAUCGUAUUUGCUUAUACGAAAUAGCAGCACCUCAAGGAAAAGCUGUGAAGAUCGCCUUCCAAGAUUUCGAUGUUGAAGGGCCCCGUGCGGAAGAGGACGCUUCGCAAUGUGGUUACGAUUUCCUAGAGAUAAUGGACGGUGUCCGUACGACGAACACCACAAAAUACUGUGGGACUCGAAUUCCACCAACGUUCAUCUCAAAAUCCAAUCUCCUUACCCUAAAGUUGGUUGCCGAUGAAUCUCUUGCCGGACGUGGAUUCAAGGCGAAUUAUUCGUUUGUGAACAUUGGCUGUGGGGGGAUUCUGAAGGAUCCGCAUCAGCUAAUCAAACCGCCUGUGAAUACUGAGUUGAAUGAUGGCUCAUAUCAACAUAAUGCCAACUGUGAAUGGACUAUUUUCGCGCCUGCAGGAUACUUGAUUUAUUUAUCUUGGAUAUCAUUUCAGCUGGAGCAGACUUCAGAUUGUGUUUAUGAUUACGUUGAAAUUUAUGACAAUGGAACCAAAAUUGGAAGAUACUGUGGGAGUGACAAACCACCUACUCUAACCAGCUCAGCAAAUAUUGUCUCUAUUAAGUUCCAGUCUGACAUAUCAGACUCUGGUGAAGGAUUCACAGCAACAUAUCAUUUCUUGGAUAGUAAAAAGGUUUGCGGUGGUAACUAUUACACCCAAAGUGGUGUGCUGACAUCACCAGACUAUCCAGCAGAAUAUGGAUCGGACAAAACCUGUGUUUGGACAAUUUCAGUACCCACUGGAAGUCAAAUUGAACUCAACGUGAAAAAAUUUGAACUGGAACCCGAGCCAAGGUGUCAAUAUGACUACUUGGAGAUAAGGAACGGCAUUUCUGAUACAUCACCAUUGAUCGGAAGAUUUUGCGGCGUUGAUAUACCUAAAAGGAUUCCGUCCUUUUCCAAUCAACUACAUUUGAAGUUCGUGUCUGAUUAUUCAAGUGCCGGUCCAGGUUUCGAAAUAGAAUGGGAUGGUACAAUUAGCGGUUGCGGUGGCAAAAUUACAUCUUACCGUGGUUCAAUCACGUCGCCAAACUACCCAGGUCCUUACGACCAUAACGCUCAGUGUGACUGGCGGAUAAUUAUCAGCAAGGGAUCUACGAUUGACAUCAUCAUCCCAGAGCUGUUACUAGAGCCUUCGUCGACAUGUUUCUAUGACUACAUUGAAAUCUAUGAUGGAUCGGGUGGUGCUUCGAACCACAAAAUCGGUCGGUACUGUUCCUCCUUGAAUGAUAUCAUCCACGUGAAAACCACGACAAAUGAGGCUCUCAUACGCUUCGUAUCAGAUCUGUCGAACGCAAAUAAGGGAUUCCACCUAUCCUAUUCCACUAACUGCAAUAACGAAAUAAACGACUUGCAGGGUGUAAUUGAGUCGCCCAAUUUUCCCAACUUUUAUCCAGACAGCUUGCAAUGCAAGUGGGUUAUUAACGGACGCAAGGGCAGUAAAAUCGUGGUGCAUAUCUCACAUAUUGCAUUGGAGGAAAACUACUCGCUAAUGGAAUUUUCAGAGUCUUCAGAACCAUGCCCAUUUGAUUAUAUUGAAAUUGCCGAGAAAAGCGGAACUCGUUUCAAUCUCAUGAAGAAAAUUUGUGAAGCGACAAACGAAACCUUUGAAACUUCAGCGACAGCUAUGCAGAUCACUUUCAAGUCCGAUGAAUCUGCUCAUGGAUCGGGCUUCCGUUUGGAAUAUCGCAUCGAAGGAUGUGGAGGUAUACUGACUCGACCCACAGGUCAAUUAAAGUCUCCCGAUUAUCCAAACAAUUAUCCGCAUAACGCAUACUGUGAAUGGAUUAUUGAGGCUGAGUAUGGAAAUCUAAUUGAACUAAAUGUCACCGACUGGCAGAUAGAAGGGAUUGCUUCUGGCUCCUGUGACUUUGAUGGACUUCUCAUAGCGAACGGGAAAACGUCAGAGCACACCAUCGUGGUAUACUGUGGGGAAAGCUCCGGGAAUAGCACAAUAGUCCGGAGCAAUGGAAACACAAUGUUUGUGCAAUUUUACUCAGAUGCCUCGAGCCGUGGGCGUGGUUUCUCAGCAGCAUAUAAGCAAGUACCGGCAAAAUGCGGUGGUGUCUUCCGAAAUAGCAUAGGAGUAAUACACUCACCAAACUAUCCUAAAAAUUAUGAACCGAACAUGGAUUGCGAAUGGUUGAUUCAAGUCGACGACUUUCACUCAGUUCAAUUUGGAUUCAACGAAUUUGACCUAGAACCAUCCCCAAGCUGUGUACAUGAUAGUGUCGAAAUUUACGACGGCGCCGAAAUAAAUCCCGAGAAAAUGCUCCUUAAGCAUUGCGGUAGUGAUCUGCCGAACAUUACAGUGAAUUCAACGAAAAGUAAUGUCAUGCUUGUUGUGUUGAAAACUGAUAGUGAUACAGAGUUUAAAGGAUUCGUACUGCAUUAUAGUUCGAAUUGUGGGAAAAGAAUUUAUGCUAAUAAUACUGGAAUUAUAAUGAGCACCCCUCAGCUCAUUUCGGAAGAGUGUGUCUGGACGAUUGUUACUGAUCCAGGUCAGCAUAUUACAUUUACUACAACUCACUUCGAGAAGAGCCUAGGAACAGCGUUGCGAAAUCAGGUGGAUGUAGCAUGUCCAAAUGGAGGUCUACAGUUCUACGAUGGUGAUUCCGUCAAUGCUCCGCUGAAGAAAACUUUCUGCACUAAAUUCCCUGAUAUCAUAGUUUCGCAAGGUAGUGCUCUCACCAUCAGGCUCUCAUUGCCAAUUGUCUCAGGUUUCGAAGGUUUCUACACGGUCUUUGAGAAUAGGUGUGGUGGGAAAUUGACUUCUUUCACUGGCAAAUUUUCUUCCCCACUUUACCCUAACUCGUAUCCAGUUAACGUUGAAUGCGUCUGGACAAUAGAAGCAACUCCAGGAAAUCAACUGGAGUUCAUAGUGGAAGAAUUACAAAUCGAACAAUCAGAUAAUUGCAACCAAGACUACCUGGAAGUGCGUGAAGGAGGACCACUCGGGAAGGUUUUAGGGGUGUUCUGUGGGACUGACGCUCCACCUAUGAUGACCGGACAAUCUACACUAUGGGUGAAAUUCAAUAGCGAUGACAAUUAUGUUGGCAAAGGAUUCAUAGCGAGAUACAGCUAUGCCUUUAACGUGGAUAUCACUGGAAUGAACGGCACGCUUACAUCUCCUCGAUAUCCUAAUGCUAUCAAAGAUUUUACACCAUUCUCCUGGCGAAUAACUGUUCCUCGAGGUUAUGUUAUCCAAGGUACUUUCCCAGAUGGUAGAGGCGAAGAAAUCAAUGCCUUUUUCAAUCAAAAGUUCAUGAUAAGUAAUGGGUACGACGAAACCGCAGCCCCUCUCGACUUACCCCAGGAUGCCGUAAGUUUUACUUCCAGCACGAGCUCCAUAUACAUAACCGUUGUUCUACCACUAUUUAAAAUAAAUUGGAGAGCGGUGUCGAAGACUGAAAUUAGCGCAAAUGACACUAAAGACGCGGAAUGUAGGUCCACCAUUACUGUGGGCCAGCUACCCAUCCUGUUCAGUUCCCCUGGGUUCCCGAGCGGAUACAAGCCAUUAUUAAAUUGCGAAUGGGUCGUCAAGUCAAACACAAGCGUACUACGCCCUACAGUUCAUUUGCUGACCGUCGACCUUGAUGAUCAGUUUGGAUGCUUUGCGGAUUAUUUGGAAGUGUUUACUAGCAAGGAUAUGGUUAAAUGGAAUCAGGCCUUUAAAGGGUGUAAACUGGAACCGAACCAAGCUAGGCAAAUUGCAGGCGAUCCAUACUUAAAAGUAACUUUCAAUUCCGAUGCGUUUGGAAAUAAGACCGGCAUCUCAGGAGUUUUCAUUGGAAAAUGUGGUGGAGAGUUCACUGAUGCUUCCGGAGUGAUCGAUUCUUCACUGUUCAUGGAAACCAACACUGAAAAUGAGUGUAAAUGGAAAAUUCAUGUGCAGCGAGGUAGGAAAAUCAAAUUCAGAUUCACGCGAAUGGCCUUACCGAAAAAUGCUCAAGGUGGCUGUGUGUCAUAUGUGAUGUUAAGUAAUGGCGAGGACGAGGAGUCUCCAAUUCUGGGUGUCGGAAAAUAUUGUGGCACAGAAAUUCCAGACGUACCAUUAACAACCUCGAAUAGAGCAUUUGUAAAGUUUAAAAACGCAUACCCGUCUGGAAGUUGGAAGCUAUCUUAUGAAACGGUCAUGAACGAAUGUGAACAUAACAUUAUCCUGAGUGAAACAUUGAAUUCAACAUCAAUUUCGACGGAAAAUUUCCCCCACAUACCGACCCCACACAGCGUAUGCACGUGGACAAUUUUAGCUCCACUGGGAGAACAUAUACAGGUUCAUUUCCACAACUUCAACCCCGCGCAGGAUCUGAACUGUCAGAACGAAUAUUUUGAAAUCCUAGAUGGUGCAACCGCGUUGUCUAAGCAACUUGUAGUAAACUGUACUCAACCAAACUCGAUAGACUCAACGGCGAAUGCUAUGCGAAUCAAAUACUUUAGCGACACGACUGACCCUUCGUUGACUUUCAAUGCAACGGUCUCGAUUGGAAAGUGUGGUGGCACCUACCAUGACCGGAGUGGAACAAUUACAUCAAAGAAUUACCCCCAUCUGGGUCAAUAUCCGAGCAAUUCAAUCUGCGAAUACAGAAUACUUCUUCCAGUUGGAGCGAUAAUAAACAUUACUUUCAUCGAUAUCAACCUCCCGGCUGGUGACUGUAAGACCGUUGACAAUCUGGAAGUGUCUUAUAUCGCACAAGGAAUUGAAAAUUCUACCGAAACCACAAAGUACAACUUUUGUGGAGGAUAUACACUUCCUUACCUGGUUAUCAACGAUAAUGAAGCUUUGCUCCGGUUUCAAACAUUCAAACCUAACACGGUAUAUAGAGGCUUCAAACUAAGUUAUACGUCGUCUCUGCAUGGAUGCGGUGGUUUUAUCAACGCCGAACAAGGAAUAAUAAUGACUCCAGGCUAUCCAAAUGGCUGGGGCAAUACAGCGGUGUGCAUUUGGAAGAUCACAGUACCAAAGGGACGCCGAAUAAAAAUGGAGUUUUUGGACUAUGAUGUCCCAACAUCCCACCAAGGAUUUGCAGUUUUCAGGCCUAUGCAAAGACGCGCAAGUAGAAUUGGUCUUUUUAACGAUCAUCGUUACUUAUCGGGCAUCGGAUACUAUUACACUUCUCCUCCAUCUGUAGUUUAUUCAUCUGAUAAUCAAAUGCUUGUUUCAUGCUGGCUCUUACCUGCGCCUGGAUUUAGAGGAAUAAAGAUGCGCUAUAGCUCCAACGAACGAACAAUCUGUCAAGGGUCUUUGAAGGACACAUUUGGGCUUAUAGCUUUACCGGCUGUGAAUACUUCAUUAAUAUGCUCUUAUGAAGUACAAACUAAUGGCACAGAAACUAUCGCGUUUACGUUUAACGAUUUUCGAGUUGACCGUCGUAUGAUGCGUCUUCCCUGUGAGCUUCGUCCACCUGUUUCAAUUUUAGACGAAACGGGAACCAAGAUGAGAUUAUGCCAGAAUACGACGGAAACAACCUUGCGCAGCCCAUUCCUUACUACUAAGUUGCAAGUGCUUCAACUUCUGCAAACCAAAAUUAUAUCGUUCAACAUGACCUACAAACGACACAAUUGCGGAGGAAUAGUAUCGCUUAAUGAUCCUUAUAAAAUCAUUAGUCCGCUAGUUACAGUGAACUCCUCUACCUCUUAUGGAACUCUGGAUUGUGCAUGGCUCGUAGCUAAAUCUACAAAAGAUGCGUUCCUAUUCAAAAUAUCCGGUUUUGUCAAGUUGAAGCUCGGUUGUGACAAGGAGUAUCUAUCAAUUAAACAAAGUCCAACCGGACCGCACUUGGGAAGGAUCUGCGGCGAUAUGACCAUUACAAAUAUGUCCACCUUAAGCCAAGCAUUUAUCGAAUACCAUGCGGACACUUUCAGCGCUGAUACAGUUGUCAAUAUUACAAUCGAAGACAUUGACGAGUGCGGGGACCACGUUUUCAACGCUCCGCACACAAUUCACCUGAAGGAUGAUUACAAGAGCAACGUUGAAUGCAUUUGGACAAUUAAAUCCAAUUCAGGAUACCACUUGCAGGCUGAGUUUAUUGACAGAUUCUAUAUCGAAGACAGCGCGAACUGCUCAAAGGACGUUUUGAAAAUAUACGACUAUGUCGACGGUGACUGGGUUCUACUUGAUGGCGUUUGUGGGCGAACGAGGCCGCCUGUUUUCAAUUCAACCGAAAACGUACUUCGCUUGAAAUUCAAAUCGGACGAAAGCGUGGAAGGGGAUGGGUUCACGGUGCAUUUUGGGAACAAAUGUGGCGGCGUCUACUUUGUACAGUCAAACAAGCACAUUAUAACGAGCCCCAAUUACCCCGAAAAAUACAAUGAUAACCUAGAAUGCAACUACACACUUGUAGCUCCUUCCCCAGAAGAUGUCAUCCUUGUACAAUUCACCGACUUUGAAAUCGAAAACAUUGGCAAAUGUCAAUACGACAAUGUUACAAUAUACGCUUAUAAUUACAACAGUUACGAGAAGUUGGGGACAUAUUGCACUGAUAGCUCCAUUUCUGAACUGCGUCACAAAGAUCGGAUAUCUAUUGUCUUCAAAACUGAUGCCAAUGGUCAGCGCAAGGGUUUCAGAUUUGAAUAUAGUUUGGACCGGUGUGGUGGGGUUGUAUCCCACAGUCAGUUGAUCUCAUCUCCAAAAGAUAAUGGGAGCGGCGCAGGCAGAAUGUACCCACCCAACGCCCAUUGCGUUUGGAACAUAACUGCGCCCAAGGACAAGGAAAUCAUUAUUAAAUUUGAACAUCUGGAAGUGGAGGUUUCCAGUCGUUGCUACUAUGAUUACGUUGCGAUCUUCAAGGGCAGUAAAGAAUUAGAAAGUAACAAAGUAGCAACCCUCUGCGGCAACUUAACAGGAAAAUUGCCCACUGUAAAUAUCAAUACAAAUCAUGCCAUCAUACAUUUCCACACAGACCCGUCCAACUCUGAUCGCGGAUUUAGCGCUUGGGUACUAUUCAAGGAUCAAUGUGACCGAACUAUUACUCUUGACGCUAAUAGUCCCUCCUACAUUUUCGAUAAAUUCUAUGGAUCUACGUACCAGACGAACUUGGAUUGCAACUACGUAUUCUCCGCGCCCGAUGGCUACCACAUUCAAGUGGACUUUGACCAGUUCCAUGUAGCACCUUGCACUGGAAAUCAAACAGAUACCUGUUCCUGCGAUUACUUAGAAUUACGAGAUGGGGCCGGUCCAUUCUCAGAAUUAAUUGGCCGCUUCUGCGGUCACGAGUUACCACCGGCAGCAAUCAGCACGAGAACAAAGAUGUUCCUGAAAUUCGUAAGUGAUUCGACAACGACAAGCAACGGAAUUAAGGCAACAUUCAAACUAGUCGCAUCCAGAUGUGGUCCAACAAACCAUAUACUGGAGGAUGCACAGGGAAUUACACUUCAAACCCCGGGUGACGUAUAUCCUCCAAAUUUGAGAUGUCUCUGGAAAAUUCAUUCGACCAAAUAUCAUCUGCACCUUCACUUUACAAAAUUCGAUCUGCAAGGACCAGAUGACAAAGGCCAAUGUACCAAAGAUGUCUUGCAAAUUUACACAGAGGAUGCAUCUUGGACAUUCGACAAUGGCUUAGACAGCGAAAUUGUGCGAAAUGGAAUCGAGAAUGGUGUGAUUACUACGUACGCCGACUCAAUUUCCCGAAACCCGGAGGGGCGGCUGCACUACUGCGGCAACAGCACGCCCACUGACUAUUUCUCGAACUCGAAUACUGUCUAUGUAAUCUUUAAAAGUGACGAAGAUAUCCAGAAAUCUGGUGUAAAGUUCUCGGCCACGCCUAUCUCAGGAUGUUAUAAGAACUACACGGGCAUUCAAGGGAGAAUCUUUUUGAAUUCGUAUCUCGAUUGCGAAUUUUAUAUUCUGGCGCCUGAAAACUACACAAUUACUUUAUAUUUCAACGCCUAUUAUGCACUAGAUGACGAUUGCAAUAAACAGUAUUUUGCCGUGUAUGAUGGCGAUAAUGGUACAGAAAUAUCCAGGAAGUGUGGACAGUUGGAACCAGCGUCCAGCAUCUUCUCUAAUACCAACCACUUGAAAGUUAAAGUGAAAAACACCGGCAUGUUCUCGAAUUAUGAUGCAACAUUUUUGGCUUCGAACGCGGGACCAGGCUGCGGGGGACGACUGAGAAACUAUGGUGGAAUUUUCACAAGUCCUCUAUACCCACUCAAUACACGAAACACCUCAGACUGCCGAUGGGAUAUCGAAGUGCCAAGCAAUAUGAAAGUGGCACUAGUUUUUGACGUCUUCGAUAUGGGUGCACGGACAACAUGUCCAUCCGAUUAUCUGCAGAUAAUUGAAUUGGAAGAGAGUGGAGAGGAAGUUGUUAGACGAUUUUGCGGAGAGGAUAAGCCAAGUCCGUAUAGGGGACGGCGUAAUACGAUAGCUGUCAAGUAUCGGAAGUCUGUGAAUUUCGAUGGAACUGGAUGGGUCCUGCGGUUCGGGGCAAUCAAUGAUGAUACGAAACUCUUCCACUUUAACAAUUGAGAAGUAUAAUCAAUAAUAAAAUUAUCUAAAAAUAUUA